CCAUCAUCUAAAUAUCCCAACGAGACCCCAAAUUUUGUGAAACCCACCCAUGGUCCACUCCACCCUCGAAGGAGGAAGAGUGGUUUAAUAAAUCAAGACGAGACGAGACGAGAAGAGCACGAAGCAGUUCGUCAUGUUCUUGCCGGACAAACCCCAUCAAGAAGAAGAAGACGAAGAUGAAUCCGCCGCCAUAGAUUUCUAUAGCAACAAACCCGAAACUCCUCACCCUAACAACAUGAUUAUCCCGCUGCCCCUGCAGCCCCACCUCCUGCUCACCGAUGGCAGUGGUGCCACCUCUAGCGGCGGAGAUGACUCCACCCCUACCGCCGCCGGUCAUAAUUGCGGUAACCCGCCGUCUUCUUCUGCUCCCAAGAAAAGGGCGGAGACGUGGAUUCAAGAAGAAACCCGGGCCCUCAUAUCUCUUCGGAAGGAAAUAGAUAUGCUGUUCAACACCUCUAAGUCCAACAAGCAUCUUUGGGAUAACAUAUCCAUGAAGAUGAGGGAAAAGGGGUUUGAUAGAUCCCCAACAAUGUGCACGGACAAGUGGAGGAAUUUGUUGAAGGAGUACAAGAAAGCUAAGCAGAACCAUCAUGAUGGGAACGGGAACGGGUCCGCCAAGAUGAAUUACUACAAGGACAUUGAGGAUAUUUUGACGGAGAGGAAUAAAAAUGGGCCUAGCUGGAAGAAUUCCACCCCUGCCUCUAAAGUUGAUUCCUAUUUGCAGUUUGCUGAUAAAGGUGUUGAUGAUGCAAGUCUUGCCUUUGGACCGGUGGAAGCUAACGGAAGAUCUGCACUCAAUUUAGAAAGACGUGUGGAUCACGACGGACAUCCUCUUGCCAUCACUGCAGCGGACGCUGUAGGAGCAAGUGGAGUUUCUCCUUGGAACUGGAGGGAGGGACCCGGUAAUGGCGAAAAUAGUAAUACAUAUGAUGGAAGGAUAAUCACCGUCAAGUUGGGGGACUACACAAAGAGAAUAGGAAUUGAUGGCACUGCCGAAGCAAUCAAGGAGGCCAUCAAAUCUGCUUUCCGAUUGAGGACGAGACGUGCAUUUUGGUUGGAAGAUGAAGAUAAUAUUGUCCGAACACUGGACAGGGAUAUGCCUCUGGGAAAUUACACUCUUCACGUAGAUGAAGGGGUGACAAUAAAAGUAUGUUACUAUGAGGAAUCGGUGCACACAGAGGACAAAACUUUCUACACAGAAGAUGAUUUCCGCGAGUUCCUAUUGCGGCGAGGAUGGACGUGCUUGAGAGAGUACAAUGGGUUCAGGAACAUCGACAGUUUGGAUGAGCUGUGCCCCGGUGCUAUAUAUCGCAGUGUUAAUGUCAGCGAUGGCCGCCUCUAGCGUACUCUCUCGGGAAAAUUGCAAAAAAUUUUCCAAACAUAUACCUCAUUAUCACUUUUGUUCUUUAUUUAUUUUUCUGGCAAAAUAUAUCCCACAUGUUUGCAAAAGUCGCUAUUUUUAUCCUUUGACAGAGAGUGGCAGCGCGUGAUCGCGUGUGGUGUGAAUGUCACGCGCGGGCAAAUGACAUAAAUAAUGACUUUUGUAAACAUAUGUGAUAUAUUUUGUUAACGAGAUAAAUACAUGACAAAAGUAAUAAUAGGGUAUACGUAUGAGAUAUUUUUUGCAAUUUCCCAUACUACCUCCUCGUACAAUUAAUUCAUUCUAAGCUUCUCUUAUGUUAAUUUGGCAUGAGAACAGAUCCAAAUGUUCCAAUUAGGAAGGGGAAGCAUGUCGCAAAAACUAUUCUUCUUGUGUCCUAUUUUGUUUUGUUUAUGAAUCACACUAGUCACAUCUCAUCUAUGGAGUUUCCAAAUCAGUCUCCUAACGAUCGGGGUGGGACUAGAUAAUCAAUCGAUUCUUUAUAGUUUGAUUUUAGUUUUAAAUUUUUUUGAAUUGUCGGGUUUGAAUGGACAAUUCAACUUUUUAUAGUAGAUCUCUCC